AGGGUCGCUGGCAAGACUGCAAGCUGGUAACUGGGAAUGCAAAGUACAAUGGCGAAGGUAGUCGAUAAGUUGUAAACAAGUGUCACGAAUUCAUAUCCCGAACUGAUGAUAAGCCGGAAUUUUGCUGGGAGCGGAUUGAGCCUUCGAGACUUUACAGAAGGGAAAUCGAGAUCCGUUUUUCACAUCGAGUCACGAAGGACAUAUUAAACACAUGUUAAGAUGUAACACAGAGCGGGUUUUGGAUUCAAUAAAAGCCGUCUCGGACCAUCUAUCUGAAAGGAUUUCCUUGGAUUCAAAUGAAGAGACGAUCAAUUCUUGUUACCUUAAAAACAAUGAUGCCAAGUCAAACCCAGUGGCUGUAACACCAGGAAGGAUUGGUGCUCAACGUAUAAAGCCUGAGCUGAACGCUCCUCCUAAGACCGAUGAUACCUCUUUCAACAUGAACAACAACCUCAUGUUCCGUAGUAUGUUUUUUAUGAAUGAUGAACCGAGGCAUUUUCUCGCCCCUCACAUCCCUGUGCUACCGAACGAGUCUGAGUAUUUCCAGCGCAAGCAGCUGGCAGGUGGCAGCAGCCAGACGAACGUCGCAUCUCAGACGACAAAUGUGGAAAUGCAGGUCCAACAGAAACCCGUCGUCCUGAAACAAAGACCACACACCUGUGAAGAGUGCGGAAAAACAUUCCUUUUAAAGCAUCACCUCGCUACGCACAUAAGAGUGCACACGGGAGAAAGACCGCACGUAUGUCCUGAAUGCGGGAAGACGUUCGCUCUUAAACACUGCCUAAGUACUCACCUCCUCCUCCACAGUGCAGAAAGGCCAUACAAAUGCAAUGAGUGCAACAAAUCGUUUACGCUUAAACAUCAUCUUGUCAGCCAUGAAAAAAUGCAUACAAGAGAUAGGCCAUUUGAGUGUCGUGAAUGUGGACAGACCUUUGCCCAGAAAAGGCACUUAAGUACCCAUCUGAAAUUUCACUCGGGAGAGAGGCCAUUUUCAUGUCAGGUUUGUGGAGAGACAUUUACGCGCGAAGAGCAUUUGGUGAUGCAUUCUCGUUUCCACGGAGGCCUCCAGCCGUACAUCUGCAGUGACUGUGGGGCUGGCUUCUUGAGAAAGUUUCAACUUGUUGAACACGAGAGGCAGCAUGGAAGGUGCCCUGAUGCCUGUCCGACAUGCGGGAAGGAGUUCCUUCAAAAAAGGACUUUACUUCUUCAUGUCAGGACAUGCGGUCUCACACCAAACCCUCACUCUCACAACUUAGAUCAAAACACAAACCUUUCAAAAGUUUGCAAGGAAUGUGGUGAAGCUUUUUCCAGUGCAGAAGGGCUGGCUCUUCAUGUUAGAUUGCACAUAGGCGACCAUAGUUUUCUUUCGGAUAUUUGUAGUUUGGCAGCUUCGUUAAAGCAAGCCGCUGGAACACAAACACAAUUAUUCCAAAAAAAGUCUCACUCAUGCCCAGACUGUAACAGGAGUUUCACACAGAAACACGGCCUUAAUCAGCACCUGCUUCGGUAUCCGAACGGUGCUUGCAAACUAAAACCAUACAGAUGUGAAAAAUGUGGGAAGGCGUUUUCACAGAAAAAUCAUUUAGUCCUUCACGAGAGGCAACACAUGGAGCCGAGCGAAAGAAGUGAGUUGACAAAAAGGCAUCAAAAUUCGCUGGAAAACAGUCAGACAAAUUUAAUGCAACAGUUAGAACUUUCCGGUUCUGUUCAACCACAACAACAACAACAACAUCAACAAUCUCAGCAGCAACAAACACAGCAACAGCAACAUCACCCGAUACAGCACUUGCAGAAACCCCACGCAUCCAUCCAUGAACGUUCAAUGGAAACACUCCCUGUUGACAGGACUGAAUUAAACAAACACCGCUUGAUGGACACCAAUCAGAUGAUGAGACAUAUAGAAAUGAACGAGCAGGCCCGGCAACAACAGCAGCAUCAAAUGAACAUUAGUAAUCAAAAAGGCCACUUGGUCCUCCAUGACAGGCAAUUGGAGACUGCCGAGAGAACAGACUUGAAACAUAACAGUUUAGACCAGAUGGACAGUACCCAGACGACGAUUAUGCGUCACUUGGAACACCCAUUGAACCAUAACUCUCAGUGAUCCUUCUUAAUUUAGUUUUUCAUUCCAUAAUUCCCUUUUUACAUUAAAGAUCCUGUAGAUAUUAGACGUGUUAAGUUAUUUAGGCGAGUAGUCAUAUUUUUAGGCUUUUGAAAAUGAGCUUUAAUUCUUUAAACAAAAGAGAAAGUAUUUUGUUUUGAAGGAUGAAAGGAAAUAUACCACAGCUUCUCAAACUUUUACAAAUUCGAUGUAUUCCAAGUAUUAGCAAAUUUUACCAUUUGUUUUAGGUUUUCAGAUAUUUUGAUAUUGUGUCGUUGUAAGUGUUUCAUGCAUCACUAGUGUGUAUAUACAGUUAAUUGGAUGUGUAACUCCCGACUGCGUAAAUAGUGUGACACACUAUAUGAAUAAAUAUAGAUACAACACAAAUAAAUAAUGAAAUUUUCAUAAUUCAUAUUUUAUUUUAUUUUUGAAUGUAGUAUUACCAUUGUUACUAUUAAAAUUAAAUACCAAACAGCAUUGAAUGAAAUCAAAUCCAUGAUAACUUUACUUUUUACUAAGAAUUAAAAUAUUAUUUACAGCAAGUCAAUUAUUUGGGGAAUAUAUCAAUAAAUCGCAUUAAUAUUUUAUUUUGCUUGGGCUUUGUGCUUUAUUGAACUUUGCAGCGCUUUUGUUUAAACUUUUUAUUUCUCAUUUGGUUGGGAAGGCCUCCUCUACCAAUUUUUCAAUUUGGCGGUGGAGGUGUUUGUGACCGCAUCAGUCACCACAGAAAUCAGCAGCCCAAAGUUCGAACCCAACAUACAUUUUUUUUUCUAAAAACCCUAGCAUCCCUAAUCUCUGCUGUACCAAACUCCCAGUAAUAAUAGUAACAAUUAAAAAAAAAAAAAGUGAAGUUCAACAUGAGUUCACCAACCCACCAUCCAAGUUCAAUGAAACACAAAUCUCAAAUAAAAUUAAAUAAACAGCCAAAAAAGAAGAAAACAAUAUUUUAUUUUGCCUUUCUCAGUGUCACAUUUAUACUAGCAUUAUAUCUUUUCAUAUCUGUCUUUGUUCUCUGCAAAAGAAAUAGAACAGUAUGAGCAUUGCAUUAAUGAAAAAAGGGAUCUUGUUCAAUUUUAAUUAUACCUGGUUUUGUAGUAUGUGAUUGUAUGAUCCCAUUUUGAUAAUUGAAUGAGCAAGCCCAUACAUAGUGAUUGAUCAUCCUGACCAGAAGUUAACAUAGCAACUAGCUGUAAAGUAAUUGAGGGAAGGGGGAAGAAGAGAGAGAGAGA